AUGACACCAAUCCUGCACGCGCUGGACAACUCGAGAGCUUUCCGAGUCCUUUGGCUUGCCAAUGAGCUCGAUAUCGAGCUGGACGUAAAGAGCUAUGCUCGGAUCGAUGGAAAAGGUGCAGAUCCCAAGAUGAAGGAGCAAAGCAGGUUCAAAUUGGGCAAAAGUCCUUGUAUCGAGGACGAUGAUCUGCUCGUCGUUGAGAGCGGCAACUGCAUGGAGUGAGUCGCUGAGCUCUUGGAUGCAAGACCACCUCUUUCUCCUUUCCCGCUCUCAAUGCUGCUCAACGCAAUGCCCCGUCUACAACACGCCGCAUCGGUGCUUGCGACGGACAUGCACAGAUACCUCGUAGAGAAGUACGCUUCCUCAAAAGGUGCCAGCUGGAUACCCAACUCGCCAGACUGGAAAGGUCGCACAGCAGUCAGAGGCUGGAUCGGGUUUGCCGAGACUCUGAUGACGGUGAGCAAAAGCAAGGAUCAGCUUUUACGUAGUGACCAUGCGCUGACAACGCUUGCGUCUUGCAUUGCGAAAUGCGCCGCACUUGCGCUCGCGAUAUUUGCUCCAGCACGCUCUGCCAAUCAUUUACGUCCAAUGGUUCGCAGACGAGGACACUGCCAAAGAGCUCGGCCCGAAGCUGGGCGGAAAUGUGGUCAAGGAUCUUGACUACGUCGAAAGCGAACUAGUUGCAAACAGAUCUGGUUACCUGUACGGCAACGAUAUCACCGCUGCGUAGGUAGCAAGAGCAUCCAUCCUGCCCCCGCCCUCUUGCUCUGCAGUCUGACGCGCUAACCAAUCCCUCACCCCCUCACCUUGACGCUCACGACUGAAGAGAUAUUGCAGUCGCUUUCAGCGUCGAGUACGUCUUGUUCAAGCAGAUUGGCACGGCUAACCAGAAAUGGCACGCUAUAGAUGCGUGGCUCAAACGCCUCGAGUCUAGACCAGCAUACCAAAAGACGCUCAGAGCUGGCUUCAAGCACGACUUUUCAUUGCUCUGA